AUGACGAAUAGCAAUAGCAACGACAGCACCAAUGUUCUGGGGGAAGUGGUCUUCAGAGCCGAGGAGACUGCCCGUCAACUAGUCGACUUGGCUAACGCUACCAAGACGAUCCACUUACAGACGCGAAGACAGAUGAACCAGCUCCAGUCCGAACUAUACCGCACAACCACCCUAUAUAGACUUAUCUACAACGACCAAAUCUGCCACCUCGAGCCAUCAUCAACCACAUUCCGCGGCCUCGCGCCGGUGGACCUCAACAUCUGCAGAUAUUCCUUUAGACGAGCCAACGAGACCCUCCGCCUCUUUCAACAGAGCCCGGUGACGGCGGGGCCGGCAGAGACAUCCCUCGCAAGCCCGCAGUACCCGAAACUCCUCCUCGAAACCCACAGGCAGGUGAAAGCUCUCAACGACGAGAUCCGCGCCGACGUCGUGCUCGCCAUCAAGCGCGUGCUCAACCAAGACCUCUUCAGCCGGGACACGCGCGCCGUGCAGCUGCGCGAUAUCGCCGUGGGGCGGGACCCGAGUCUCGAGCACGAUAUCUGGCAGAUUCGGAUCCAGAGAGGGGAUGCCCCCUUGAUCGCAAGCUUGCUCCUCGCGAGUGAUGAUAUGUGUCAUACCCCUGGCGCUGACGGAGUCGACGGCGUGUCUGUCACGGCCUCGUGCCUGCGGUUCCGCGACGCGAAUACUAUUGUCGAGACGAGGGCCAUGCCGCGGGAUGACCCGGAUAUAUGCCGCAAAACGCUCAAGCUCGCUACCUUGUUACACGCCGCGCGGUCGCCGUACCUCCUCCGCUGCACGGGCUUCCGGGUCCUCACCCAGAACCGGAAUCAAGACAGGGAGCAGGACGCGGAUCAGCGGCUGGAAUUCUUCUACGACGCCUCCCCGCUGCACGGCUGCCGCAGCGCGGAGAUCCACAGACUGUCGGAGCACCUCGGCUCGCCGACGGGCCACUUCACGCGCGGGCGGCGGGAGGCGGCGGCGAGGAUCCUCUCAGAUAAGAUCCGGUUUGCGGGACAGCUUGCGAGGGCGGUGAGCGAGCUCCAUGCUGUUGAUCGGGUGCAUGGCGCCGUGCGUGCUGAGAAUGUGUGGUUUGGGGUCAGGGGCGGGGAGUAUGAGGCCAAAGUGUCGGUGCCGUUGCUUGUCGGGGCUGGGUUCGAGGAGGGGGAGGUGAGGCGGUGUCGGGUUCGUGGUGGCGGUGAGGAUCGUGGUGAUGGGGGAGAGGCGCUGGAGGAGGGUAAGAGGAGGGAUAUAUUUGCGUUGGGGGUGUUGUUGUUGGAGAUUGGGCUGGGGAGGCCCAUUACGGAGGUUGCAUCUGCGUCUGCGACUUCGUCUUCGUCUUCGUCUACGGCCUCAUCUUCGGGCGGUUCUGGUUCUGGUGUCGGCGUUGGUGCUGUCUCUGCGGCAGAGCAUCUUGGGACGCUGAAUGCGGUCAUGGGUGGGAGGUAUACGGCUGCCGUGCGGGCGGCGUUGGAUCCGCGGCAGUUGGCUGUUGCGUUCUCGGCCAUGGAGGCAGGAGGUGGAGCAGAAGGAAGAGGAGGGGGCGGCGAGGACGAGGACGAGGACGAAGAUGAGAGCGUGUUUGGUAAGAGUGGCAGUUGUGGACUGGAUCGGGCUUUCAGGGGGGUCGUUGUCGAUGAGUUGUUGGGUGUUGUUGGGAGGGCGUGA